UGCUAUAUAAAAUUCGCGAGCGUGAUUGUGUUGUUAACAGAGGUCGUCACUUUUAAAGCUAAAUUAAACAAACAAGACAUGGCAUCGAAGCCAACGUAUGGGAAACUCUUUACAGAUGUCUCUGAACCUGUGACUAAAACUGGUAACAAGGUGACUAUUAUUGGUGUUGGGGCUGUGGGUAUGGCUUGCGCAUUUGCUCUGCUUUCAGAGAAACAGACAAACGAUUUAGUCCUAAUGGAUAUGGAUAGAAACAAAUUAAAGGGGGAAAUGUUGGAUUUACAACAAGGCGCAGCAUUUUUAAGAAAUGCUAGAAUUCAAGAAAGUGCUGAUGACUAUUCCAUUACGCGAGAUUCGCGUAUCAUUAUAGUAACGGCAGGAGCACGUCAGCGCGAAGGUGAAUCACGGUUGGCUUUAGUUCAACGUAAUACGGAUAUUUUUAAAUCAAUUAUACCAAAACUCAUGGAAUAUAAUAAGAAUCCUAUCCUAAUAAUCGUUAGUAAUCCUGUAGAUAUACUAACUUAUGUUGCAUGGAAGUUAAGUGGAUUGCCAGUACAUAAAGUAAUUGGCACUGGAACAAAUUUAGAUACAUCACGUUUUAAAUAUUUAAUAUCACAAAGAUUAGAUAUUGCACCAUCUAGCUGCCACGGAUGGAUUAUUGGUGAACAUGGCGAUAAUAGCGUUCCGGUUUGGUCGAGUGUAAAUGUAUCAGGUGUAAGACUGACUGAAUUGAAUCCAAAAAUCGGUACUAAAGAAGAUGAAGAAGAUUGGCUCAGUUUGCACAAAGAAGUGGUUCAAAGUGCUUAUGAAAUCAUCAAAUUAAAAGGUUAUACAUCAUGGGCCAUUGGUCUCAGUGUUUGCGACAUAGUUAGUGGUAUUAUGAGAAAUACCAAUAAUCUAUAUGCACUUUCUACGCUAAUUAAGGGUUUCCAUUGUAUUCAAGACGAGGUAUUUUUGUCAUUACCAGCUGCUGUAGGCGUUGAUGGUAUUUCAAAAGUUGUUAAUCAAAAGUUAACACCUUCUGAAGUUCAACAAUUACAAGAAUCUGCAAGAGUUAUAGCUGAAGUACAAAAGGGUAUACAGUUCUAA